AUGAGCUCUGUGAUCCAGUCGCAAAAAACUGCUCUUAUCACCGGGGCUGCCUCGGGGGUUGGCUUUGCUAUAGCAAAGCUCUGCCGAAGCAAGGGCAUGCAUCUUGCCUUGCUGGAUAUUGACCAGGACAAUCUGGCCAAGACAAAAAAAGUUCUGGCCGAGCUUGACCCUUCUCUCAAAACCGAGACAUACGCGUUCGAUGUCGCCGACGCUGCAGCUUGGAAGAAAGUAGCCGCAGGGAUCAGCGAGGUCUUCCCCGGCGGCAUUGACCUGGUGGUGCUGAAUGCGGGGAAGGCCUACAGGCCGCAGGAAUCCUCCCCGAGCCGCCUCAAACAAUGGCUGGAUGGGGAAUACUGGCGAAAGACUCUCGACACAAAUGUCUACGGCCCUCUCAACGGGUUAGAGGUUCUUCUCCCUCUGCUGCUCUCGUCGAACUCCCAGACACCCAAAUCUAUCGUUGUAACGGGUUCCAAACAAGGCAUUACAAAUCCGCCCGGAGGAGGCAACCCAGCAUAUAAUGCGUCCAAGGCGGCGAUCAAGAGUCUGACGGAGCAUCUAUCCUACGACCUACGGUCUGAUCCGACAACUGCCCAUAUCUCUGUCCACCUCUUGAUUCCUGGCUGGACAUGGACUGGACUCAUGGGGAACGUCGGCCCAACCAAUGAAGAGGAAACCAAGAAACCAGAGGGAGCUUGGUACCCUAGCCAAGUUGCGAGAGAAUUGGUGGAAGGACUGGAAAAAGGGUCAUUCUACAUCAUUUGCCCGGAUGGUGAAACAGAUCGCGCCCUGGAUCAAGCGCGCAUGAAAUGGGGUGGAGAAGAUGCUGUUGAGGGUAGACCGGCACUGUCACGUUGGGAGAAUAGUUGGAAGGUUCGUGCUGAAGAAGCGAUCCGGGCAGAUGCAGAAGUGCGUCGAGGUUAA